GAAGUUUGUCUCUCAGAUAGAGCGAAAGCACUGCUCUGCAGAGUGUCUGGAGGCUAAGUGUAUGCAAAAAUCCCUGAUAAAUAGGGAAAAGGCCCCGUUUGCUUCAGCUGGAAAUCAGAAUGUUGAAGUAAUUGCUGAAUCCUCCCAUACUGUAUUCCCUCUCUGUGAAAAAGGGCAAGCUCUAGUUAUAUCUUCCUUCUGUGAGUAUUUUAUUUGUCUGCUUAAAGAACGGUGGAUUUGAUCAUUUAAAUGUUCUUUCCUUAGAAAGUCCAUCGUUCUUUGCAGUGAAUGAAACAGUGGAAGUUGGGACAGAGUAUGGCAAAUACUUAUGUGACGGUAUCUGAUGGGUACUGUCUUUCUGAACCCAUACAGUAUUAUGAUGUAAUGCCUGAACACAUUAAUUAUCAGCUACAGGACUCUGAUUUUCAAGCAGCAUCUUAUUGCCAGUAUUCAACUGUUCAAUUUCCUCCAGGACUACAACCCUCAUCUUCACAAAGUCACUACAAUACAUAUAGCCUAGAUACACAGUACGGUGACGGGCAAUAUGUACUCAGUGCCUGUGAAUUAAAUAAGCCCACUUGCAUGGUGGCCCAUGAAGGUGAGGAUGGAUAUCCUGGGCUAAAAAGGCCCAGAUUAACUCAUUCUUCAAUGCGCAUUAAGGGUCAGGAAGAACUCUGUGUCGUUUGUGGUGAUAAAGCCUCCGGAUACCAUUAUAAUGCACUUACCUGUGAAGGUUGCAAAGGAUUUUUUCGCCGAAGCAUCACCAAAAAUGCAGUCUAUAGAUGCAAGAAUGGGGGGCACUGUGAAAUGGACAUGUAUAUGCGUAGAAAAUGUCAAGAGUGCCGCUUGAAAAAGUGUAAGGCAGUGGGAAUGCUGGCCGAAUGCUUGUUAACAGAAGUCCAAUGUAAAUCAAAGCGACUACGAAAGAAUUUGAAACAGAAAGGCAGUUUCUUUUGUAACAUCAAAGUAGAAGAUGAGGGAGCAGACAACAAACAUGUAUCAUCUACAACUAGAUCUGGAAAGAUCCAGGAGAGAGUGGAACUAACUCCAGGGGAGCAUCAGCUCAUUGAUCACAUUGUGGCAGCCCACCAAAAAUACACAAUUCCUCUCGAAGAAGCAAAAAAAUUUUUGCAGGAAUCUGCAAAUCCUGAGGAAAGCUUUCUGCAUCUCUCAGAGACAGCAGUACUUCACGUUCAGGUGUUGGUAGAUUUUACAAAGAGGCUUCCAGGAUUUGAAAGUUUGGCUAAUGAUGACCAGAUUGCACUGCUGAAAGGUUCAACAGUUGAAGCAAUGUUCCUGAGGUCUGCCCAGAUCUAUAAUCAGAGAUUUCAUGACUGUCCUUCAUCAGCCCAUGAAAAUGCAGUAAGGUUUUCAGAACAUACUUUGAACUGUCAUAUUCAGGGUUAUGACAGAAAUGUUAUUUAUUCUAUAGACACUUCUCACAAUGAGGAGAGUCCAACUUCUACUACUACAUCAGGUAUCACUGAAGAAUUUAUCACUGCACUGUUUUACUUCUACAGAAGUAUGGGUGAACUCAAUAUAACUGAGACUGAAUACGCCCUGCUCUCAGCAACUACUGUGUUUUUUUCAGAUCGUCCACUCCUAAAAAAUAAGCAACAUGUGGAAAAGCUGCAAGAACCCCUUUUAGGAAUUUUGUAUAAAUAUUCAAAAAUUUAUCAUCCAGAAGAUCCACAGCAUUUUGCUCGCCUCAUAGGGAGACUUACAGAACUGAGAACACUAAAUCAUAACCACUCAGAAGUGCUGAUCACCUGGAAAACAAAAGACCCCAAACUGACAAGUUUACUCUGUGAGAUUUGGGAUUUGCACUGAAUAGUUAAUCACGCGUAUUGGAAUUUCAGAAUCAUGUGGCUUGUCUUAAACUUACGGAAACCCAAAUUGUUCAUGUAGUUUUUUAAAUGUUCUAAGAUAGAAGGAUUACUCUGAUUGAACAUGAAUGCAAUUGAUAUGUGAAGACAAUGACAUCCUUAAUAUAAAAAUGCACAUUCAACACUAACUGUACUCAAGCUACAAUUUGUGGGACACUACUGCCACUACAAGGACACCGCAAAGAGUGAUCUACAGGCGUUCAACUCUAAUACUGACUACUGUUAAUUGUUUCCUCCCCUUGGAAACUGCUGCUGCUCAAUGAAGCAGACAUUCAUUUGUGGGGAGCUGCUUCACUGGGCUCAUUUUAUCAUCUUCAAUGGAAUUUAUUGAGCUUUUAUUAUGUGCACAGCGCUGCACUGAGUACUUGAGAAAGUACAACACAACAGAGUUGGUAGACACGUUCCCUGCCCACGGCAAAUUGUAGUCAGAGGUGUCAUUAACCAAUUUUUGAACUAUGUACAGAAUAGACCAUUUCCAGCGAAAAGGAGGACAAAUAAAAAUAAUAGAUGGUGGAACAACUGUAGUGAAAUCAAAGGUGGUUGGGGCAAUAGUUUUAGGAAAAGGCAUUAGGUUAAUUUGAUAAAAAUAGGAUGAAACCAUAGUCUGUAUCUUUUCUAAUUUGCAUUUUCUAACUCUGUGAAUGACGUAAGGAGAAGCAAAACACUUUUGGGGAAAUGAUCGUCUUCUCUCUGUCUACUAAAUAAGUCCAGUGUCUGUUUUUUUCCUAUGUUUUUCUCCUCUUCUUUAUUCUAAAAAGAAAGAAAUUGAAUUGAAGGAAUGCCUAUCCAACACUAUUUUUAUAAUAGUACAU